GAUAUUUUCUUCCUGGAAUCCGAUUUGGUGCUCUGUGGAUCCGUUCUGUUCUUCUGGGUUUGCUUUAUAUACGUUGCCCUAACAUGGGUGGUUGAUUCUCUUAAAGAUAUUUGAAGAUUAAGUUAGGCUUGGGAAACCCUCUGAAUUGCUGAAUUACAACUAUUACAUGAACAGGACAGGAUCGACACAUGUUUUCGCCAUGGACUAGCACCUGCCAGAAACUCCAACGACACUUCUGGACUCACCUUCCAGAUUCUCCCCCUCCCCUCAUGUCUUUAUUAAUCUUCUUCCACCACCAUCUUUACACCAAAACACAUUACCAACAGAGCCCACUCCACUUCUCUAUUUGAAUACUCAUUCCCCAUGGCCCUGACUCGCUUGGCUCUGAAGAAUUUGCAGCAAAGGGCGCUUGUUUCCUCCCCUGCUGAUGCUCUGCUCCACAGGAAAACAGAGGCCCUGAUCAGAAGGUUCUGCGAUCAGAGCUCAGAAGGCAAUCCCAAAGAAGUGGCCAUUAAUAAUGAAGACAAAAACACCAAAAUGGUCCCGAAAGGGGAAGGCAAGAAGUGGGUAUUAUGGAAGAAGAAUGGGAGAGAAUUUGAUGUGGGGAAUUCACUGAUGCAAGCGGCUGAGAACAUAAACAGAGUAUUGAAGAGCUUGAAGUUGAGGCGUCCAUGGUGGGUAUCCAAUGGGCAUGUGAAAGAGCAAGAAGAGUAGUACAAGCUGAAGGUGGAGAUGCCUGGGAUUGCGAAGGAAGACGUGAAGGUGAGGGUGGAGGGUCGGAUUCUGAGCAUCAGAGGGGAGCACAGUGAAGAAGAUGAAGAAGAAGAAAGUGGGUGGAGGGGGGAGAGAUAUGGGUACUACGAGAGCACGGUGAUGCUGCCGGAAGACGCGGUGGCGGAUGAGAUCAAGGCGGAGCUGAAAGAUGGGGUGUUGACGAUCACCAUUCCAAGGACUGAGAUGCCUCCAAAGGAUGUUAAAGAGAUCACCGUCGUGUAAUUUUGAUCAGUAAAAAAAAAAAAAAAAA